AUGGUGAGUAUUUAUUCUUUCUAUAUUUACGGAAUAAUUCUUGGUUUCAGGGAAUCGAAGAUGAUCUCGCCGGGUGUGAAGAAUCCGACCCGUACAUGUUGAUGGAUAUCAUCGAAAAAGUUUAUAAAUUCUUUUUAUAAUAUAUUGGAAUUUCUAGUUGAAGAUGUAUUCUUGAUGAAAAUGACGUGAAUCUCGAACAAUAUUGCUUAUUAUGGACUCACUUGUGCAGGUAAAAAAAAAGUGAAAAGACAGUUUUUAUCGAAAAAUAAUAUUUCCAGGAUAAUGAACAAUUGGGGUACGGUAUUUUCCUUCGUGGUGAAAGACGUGACGGGGAAGAUUGUGAAAUUGGAGGAAAUGCAGGCAGACAAACCACAACAUUAUAGGUUAAUUCAUCAAAAAUAUAGAAUUUAUGAUUUUAAAAUCUCAGUUCGGUUUUGAAAAUGGCUCAGUUCGAGAAGGAAAAUGAAACGAUUCGGAAGAAAAAACCAAGGAGCGGCUGUGGACAAUUGAUCAUUUUGAAUAGGUAGGAUAAUUUAAAUUCAGGUCCAUUUCGGAUCUAACUCCAUUGAAAGGUAGUAUGAACUAGAGUAGAUUUUUCGAUUUUUAUUAAUUUUGAGAUUUCAGAGCCUUCGAGUUCGUUAUAGACUUGCUCCACAACGUUUUCAGCGAGAAGGACGAGGCUGCCAAGGUAAAAAAAAGUUACUAUUUCAAAAAAACUCUUAAAAAAACGGAAAAAAACACUAGAAUCAAAAAAUCAGUUUCAAAAAAACUGAAAAAAAUUUAAUUUCAAAAGUUCUUAAGAUUUCUCCGUAAUGUACAAAUUUUUUUGAUGAUUUUAAAAUUUUUUUCUACAUUUUUUUAUGAUUUGAAAAGGCUUGAAAAACAUUUAAAAAAAAGAGUUUGACAGAAAGUUCAAUAAAUUGUCCACAGAGCGGACUUGUUUAAUUUUUUUGGCUUAUUUUUUUACGAAUUUUUUUCAAUUUUUUUAUCACUUUCUUUCGAAAAUUAGUCAAAAAAAUAUUCUUAAUUUUUCUCACACCUCUAAUAUGUCAAAAAAAUAGUCCUUUCACUCCAUUUCUUCAGGUCUCAAAAAUCGCCCAACAUUCCUAUGACAGAACCCUCUCAAAACAUCAUUCCUGGGUGGUUCAGAAGGUCGUUUGGGCGGCCCUGUGCACAUUACCUUACAGAGAAGAAGUGAGCCAUAUUUCAAAAGAAAAAAAAAAGAAAUUUCCCAGUUUGUGGCCAGUCUCCGAGGGAACAUGCCGGCGGAGAACGACGAGAAAUUCCACGAGACUUUCGACAAAAACGGCCGGGAAAUCUUGAAACGGGUUGGACAGAUGAUUGAACAGUUCGAACUUGUAGAUUUUCAUCCUUGA